GGUCGGUUUGGAUGCAUUUUCGGGGGGGAAACAGUUGCGAAUAAGGCAGAGAUCUAAAAUGAGUCCACCUCCGAAUAAUGAGGAAGUGCCUCUAGGCAACUUGAAUCGCCGACCGGGAACGACUGACGACCAAUCCGAUGGAGGAGGAGUCAACGACUUUACCCAAAAGUAUGACGUGAAUAGUUUCACCGGUCUGCUGGCAAUUCUAGCCGUUAAUUUGCAGCAAAUUUACAUGCUGAGUCGGGUGGGCUCCGAGCUUGGUCCAAUGUUCUAUGUGUUGAUAAGCCUAUCCUCGAUUUCGGCUAUUUUUGUAGGUUAUCUAUUUCUUUUUAAGGUUUUCCUUUUGGCCCUGCGGGGCGUAAUGGAUUCGGACCGGAUGAAGGUUCGUAACCGUACUCGUAAGAAUUGGUGGCCAUAUUUGUACUACACCAAUCUCAUACUGAAUGUGUUGGUGUUGGUGCUAAAUUUGGCUCUUCAGAUAUUCGACCAAACCGAGCAGAAGUGCCAGGUGCUGUUGAAUCAACCCCUCCCGAUUAAUGUUGUCGAACAGCCGAAAUAAUGGAAUGUUAAACUGAAAAUCAACUACGCACAUACAAUACAAUAAAAAUAGUAC